AUGACUGCUGCUGGACCAUUGUUAUAUGCAAGAACUUCUGAAGGUUUAUUGUUUAAAAGUGCAUCAGUAAUCGAGAAAGUCGAUUCUGUACUAUCUUAUUCUAGUCAUGAUCAGAAUUUGAAACUAGUUGGUUUAGAAGAAUUUCCUGUUGAAGGAAAAAUUACCAAGAUUGCUGCUUUAUUGGGUUUUAUUAGAUUGAAAUUGAAUAGAUAUGCAAUUCUAGCUAACAAAGUAGAAGAAGUCGGUAGAUUAGAAGAUGAUAUCUUAUAUAAAGUCGUCGAACACUCCAUCGUUCCUUUAGUCGAAUCUGGCAGAGUUGAUUCUGAUGAAUCUGAAUAUUUGAAACUUUUAGAGUUUCAAUUGAAUACUUCAACUUUAUUCUUUUCUUACACUUAUGAUAUGACAAAUUCAAUGCAAAGAAAUGAAAAAAUUGAAAAUCCAUCCUGGAGAACUGCUGAUAAAAGAUUUUUCUGGAAUCAUUUCUUAACUGAAGAAUUACAGACUUUAGCAAGUGAAGAUAAGAGAGUUGAUCAAUUUAUUCAACCUGUUAUUUACGGUUAUGCAAAAGCUACCAUUACAGUUUUCAAUUAUUUCCCAAUCACUCUUGGUCUAAUCACCAGACGUUCAAUUUACAGAGCUGGUACAAGAUAUUUCCGUCGUGGUAUUGAUGAAAAUGGUAAUGUUAGUAACUUCAAUGAAACGGAACAAAUUUUAAUUGUCCAACCAACUGCUUGUAAUGCUCCUUUUGAAGUUUUCUCAUUCUUACAAACAAGAGGUUCCGUUCCUGUAUAUUGGGCAGAAAUUAAUAACUUGAAAUAUAAACCUGAUCUACGUUUAGGUGAUAAUGGUAGUUACGAAUCUACAAAAUUACAUUUUAAGGAACAAGAAGAACUAUAUGGUGACAACUAUUUAGUAAAUCUGGUUAAUCAAAAGGGUCACGAAUUACCUGUUAAGCAAUCUUACGAAAAUGCUGUUGAUGCAUUAAAUGAUCCAAAAUUACAUUACAUAUAUUUUGAUUUCCAUCACGAAUGUUCUAAAAUGAGAUGGCACAGAGUUAAACUAUUAAUCGAUGAAUUGGCAAAAGAAGGUUUAACGAAUACUGAUGUUUUCCAUAAAAUUGAUAAAGCUACUGGUGCUACAUCUCAAGUAAAAAAUGAACAACAUUCUGUUGUUAGAACUAAUUGUAUGGAUUGUUUGGAUAGAACAAAUGUUGUCCAAUCUGUUUUAGCAAACUGGGUUUUGCAAGAAGCUUUUGUUCAAUCUGAUGUUAUUUUAGAUGGUAGCUCUUGGGAGACUGACAAAUCCUUAUUGAAACUUUUCCAAAAUAUGUGGGCAGAUAAUGCAGAUGCUGUUAGUGUUGCAUAUUCAGGUACUGGUGCUUUGAAGACCGAUUUUACUAGAACUGGUCAACGUACUAAAUUAGGUGCUUGGAACGAUUUCGUCAAUUCUGUAUCUCGUUACUACCAAAACAACUUAACUGAUGGUUCUAGACAAGAUUCUUAUGAUUUAAUCUUGGGUGGUUUUAAGCCAUACAAAUCAUCUAUCCAAUCACCUUUCCAUGACAAUAGACCACUGUACAUUCAAUUCAUUCCAACCGUUUUAAUUGCCGCCCUAACUGUCUUAUUCGCUACAAUUUUAUUCCCAAAAGUUCAUUUCACCUCUUCUAAGAACUUGACAUUCUUUUUAAGUUCAUUAUUGACUUUAGUAGCCACUGGUUUGUUAUUGUCCAAGAACGGAUUACAAUUUGUCAAUUGGCCAAGACUAGUAACUGUAGGUUUCUUGAAUACCAAGAGCUCUGAUAAGACCCAAACUAAUGAUUCAACUUAUUCUAUCAGUUCCAAAUAUUCUAAACCUCACUCCAAUAAAAAGGAUUAA